GUUCCAGGGCGCGUUGAGAGCCAGACUGCUUCAGAUUUGGGCGGCUGGUGGUAGUUUCCGAGUCACAGUGAAACAGGUGACCCAAGAAAAGAGCCCUGGUGGAGAAACGCAGGAGAAGACCUAAAGCUUUUUCAAAGAAGAAUGGAGGAAAAUAUCAUGCUCGCUGCAGUGGAAGACACUGUGGAGUACCACCUGUUCCUGAUACCAGAUGAAUCAAUGGACCCAGAAAAACACAGAGAGAUUCUUGAGAAGUAUAUUGAGAAAAUAAUGAGCCAAUUUGCACCUAUGCUGGCUCCCUAUAUCUGGCAGAACCAACCUUUUAAUCUCAAAUAUAAACCUGGCAAAAGAGGUGUUCCUGCUCAUAUAUGUGGCAUGACAAAGUUUGGGGACAAUAUUGAAGAUGAAUGGUUUAUUGUAUAUCUAAUAAAACAGAUUACAAAGGAAUUUCCACAGUUAGUAGCCAGGAUUGAAGAUAAUGAUGGUGAAUUCUUGUUAAUAGAAGCUGCUGACUUUCUCCCUAAAUGGUUAGAUCCUGAUAAUAGUGUCAAUAGGGUGUUUUUCCAUCAUGGGGAGUUGUGCAUUAUUCCUGUACCAAAGAAAUCUGAAGCAGUAUACUGGUUACCCGCCACUCCCCCAACAAUCCCACAAGCAUUAAAUAUAAACUCAGCACACCCAGAAAAGGUUUUGUCUUCAGAAUCCGUACGAGCCACUGUUAAUAGGCACAUCAGUGGGUACCCAGAGAAAAUUCAGGCCUUGCUGCACCGAGCACAUUGCUUCCUUCCAGCUGGCAUUGCAGUGGUACUAAAGCAGUGGCUCAGAUUGGUGGCAGCUACUGUCCAGGCUUUUUACCUGCGGGAUCCAGUUGACCUGCGAGCCUGUCGUGUCUUCAAGACAUUCUUACCGGAAACGCAAAUAAUGACAUCAGUUACUUUCACUAAAUGUCUCUACGCACAGUUGGCACAACAGAGGUUUGUGCCAGACCGAGGGAGUGGAUACCGGCUGCCACCUCCAUCUCACCCCCAGUACCGAGCCCAUGAACUGGGCAUGAAGCUGGCUCAUGGAUUCGAGAUCUUAUGCUCCAAAUGUAGCCCACAGUUUUUGGACACCAAGAAGUCCCUUGUGACUACCUCACCACUCUGGGCUGGCUUCCUUGAAAGUCUGAAAAAGAAUGAUUAUUUUAAGGGACUCAUAGAAGGUUCUGUUCAAUACCAGGAAAGGCUAGAAAUGGCAAAGAACUACUUCCAACUCUCAGUAAAUCGAACAGAAAGUUCACUUGCUAUGAGCCCUGGUGAAGAAAUCUUGACCAUAUUACAGACAGUACCAUUUGAUAUAGAAGAGCUUAAGAAAGCUAACCUUCCUCCAGAGGAUGAUGACCACUGGUUAGAGCUUUCACCAGAUCAGCUGGAUCAGCUACUGCAGGAGGCUGCUGGCACAAGAGAAUCACAACCCAUUUCCAAGAAGGAGGAGGAGGAGCAGAACUAUGACUUAACUCAAGUCACAGACAGCAUGAAGGCUUUCAUAUCCAAAGUCUCAACCCACAAGGGAGCAGAGCUGCCCCAAGAAUCUUCUGAGGCUCCAAUCACUUUUGAUACAGAUGCCUUUCUUAAUUAUUUUGAUAAAAUUUUAGGACCGAAGACUCAGGCGUCAGACUCUGAUGAUCUGGAUGAGGAAGACUUUGAAUGUUUAGACAGUGAUGAUGAGGUGGACCUCGAAACUCAGGAACCUGGUGAAGAAGCUUCUCUGAAAGGAGCUCUUGACAGCCUCAAGUCAUACAUGGCCCAAAUGGACCAGGAGCUGGCACAUACCAGCAUGGGCAAAAGUUUUACCACUAGCAAGCAAGUGAAUAAGAAGCCUUCAUCUCAGACUACCAAUAACAAUUCAGAUGAGGAAGAUUCUGGUGCCAGAGAUUCUGUUCUGGCCCCAGUGGAUGUAGACCUGAACCUGGUUUCAAAUAUAUUGGAAUCCUACAGCUCCCAAGCUGGCCUGGCAGGGCCUGCCUCAAAUCUCUUACAGAGCAUGGGAGUGCAACUGCCAGACAACAGUGAUCACAGAGCCUCCCAAAAGCCAGUGAAAGAUUAGCUGACAUAUCUAGCUGUUUUCCUCUUUAAAUAAACAAUGAGUCUGAGUGAAA